AUGGCAGAUGAAGAGGUUGUAAACGGUACGGAAGAAGAUUUGCCGGAAAAAUUGCAAAAGAAAAUCGCAAAAUACGACAGCGGGGCGGCGGAUUUGGAAAGGGUAACCGACUAUGCCGAGGAAACCGAAAUUACCACCCAAGACAUGGCCAAUGCGAUUUCGGCCAUAGGGGACAGAAGAAACAAGGAAGCCCUUGAAAAACAAGCGAGGGAGAAAGAAUUGAUGAAGGUUUCGAUCAAAAAAGAGGAUGUCGAUCUUAUUGUGCAGGAAAUGGAGAUUUCAAGGACACUGGCUGAACGUACAUUAAGAGAAUACCAUGGAAAUGUAGUUAAUGCUUUGAUAGAACUUACCAACUAA